UACAGUACUUUCGUUCGGUCACGUUUCCAGUAUGCAAGCGCAAGGCGGCUAAUUAGAACGAGAAGGCAGGCGUGGGGGGAAGUGUACUCUGCCAAUCAGACGUAGUUACUAGGCGGGCCUGAAAUUUCAUUCGACCAAUCAAGGUUCUCCCACCUGACGACCGUCAAUCAGCUGAGCCUCUUUCGGGUAGGUUCUACAAUGUUGUAGCCAAAGUUUUGAACGGUAGUUCUUCAGUUAGCUAAUAGCUAGUUCGAUGCCUGCAAUAGAGGAGUUUGUCCAGGAAUGGCUAUACUUUUGGCAAGCAUAUUUCGACUUUCAAAGUCAGAGGAUUUUAUAARACGGCCUGUUAGCAUAGCUAACAGUAUAUUUAUUGCUAGCUAGAUGUAUUUUAGAUCUUAGCAGCCUGUCUCAGUUUUCCUACUUUGCUGUGGCGAGAAAUUGAACUAGAUAGUUAGUACAACACAACAUGAUAUGGGCCAACGUGAUAUUUUAUCCUACGAGACGUCGGUGAGAAGAAAAAGCAGAAUUCGAACUGCCUCAAKAAUGUGUCGUUUGGAUGUGGAGUGUGCCGUGAAAGGACCUGAACAACAUGGAAAUGCCAUCCCUUCGUCAAGGUACAUGGUGGGCCGUGGGGUGAAACGUAAGCUUAGUGACUGUGAGGAUCAGAUGCUGGACCUGCCCUACCCCCAGCAGAGGCAGCUGGUGCUGGACCUGUGCCUGGAUAAACUCCAGAGUUGCCAGCGCCGAGCUGAACCCAGCCUGCACCGCUCGGUGUUGCUGGCUAACACUCUGCGCCAGAUUCAACGGGAGAUGAGGCAGGAGGGAGGCCCGCAUCCUGAGUCCUCCCCUCCAGCCCCCGCCACACCGCGCCACUCCCCGGAUUUGCCGCCCGUGCCCUCGGACCSUCCCUCCACCCCAGUGGCCGCGCUCUCAUCCUCACUGCUGUGUGACGACGCACAGUCAACCUGCACAGAGCUCCCCAAGGGACCGGGGUCGGAGGACGGCGGCAAGUCGCCGGAUCUGAUGUUUGGAUCCUUUGAAAUAACCAACUCCACCAGCUACUUGACGGACCUGCAGCUGGAUGACAUUUUUGAGGACAUUGAUACAUCUAUGUACGACCCGUCAGACMUCUCUGUUCUGGCCUGCCCGCCUCCCAGAGGGAGCAGCGGAGCCUCCUUGGGGAAUGACUAUAACCUCAAGGCAUUCUCCACCUGCACCACCUCCAGCAGCACUCUGCAGAUGUGUCUCAACGACCUCGACCACAUCAUGGAGAUCCUGGUGCGCUCUUGACUGAUUGGCGCCACGUCGUAGUCACAACUGCCCAGCAUUUUAUGAGCUGGGGGUGGGAAGAAUGACUUGAUUUUUUUAAUGUCUCUAUUUUCAUACAAAGAACUUGUUAUAUUUAUACAAAAAGACUGAUGGAUACCUGCCUGAUACACUUCUACUGUAUGAUAAUGCACAUUUUUGGUGGCCCGCUGAGGCCAUCUUUUUUCCUAUAGCAAGAUGAAAUUAAUAUGCAGGGACUUAAAGCAAGAAACACAAGUAUUACCAUUGAGACAUAUUUAUACUGGAUUGUUAUUCACCAGUGCAUUCUURGCGGGGGGAGGAAUGACAACCUGUGGAACAAGGUGAUGAAAAGAACAUUGGGGGUGGAUUCCAUUAAGUAUUUCUGGAGCAUUACAAUAAUUUAUCAAGAAUUAAUAUGAGAUAGGACUUAUUCAAUACUCACUACCUCUCUCUCAAACUAAGAGCUCUGUCUCACUAUUCAAAGAGAUUCAUGAACUCGCCGCUUCACUAAUUUUGUAUUUCGAUUGGUCUUGUUCCUUUAACAUAGAAAACUGGUGAUUGUCAAUAAUGCAGAUUUUUAACACCAGAAAGAAUGCCUUCCUGCCGAUAUGAAUCACAAAACAUAGCCGAUAAUUCCAUGUUACACUGAUGCCUUGUCCAUCCAUUUUGGUCAUUUUAAUCAGAUGGUAGCGGACAACAAAAUAAUCAGCACUAGAUUUUGAUGAAUAUUUGUUUUGAGAAUCUUGAGGAUAUUGCGUUGAUUACUUGGAAUGAUCUGUGUGUUUUUGUUAGACUCUAGAAUAGAAAAUGCAUGCAUUUCAGCAUUUAGUGGUUUGUCUCAUUGAAGAACUGUACAAUUUGAGUGCUAUGUAUCUUUUUUCUCCACUAACGGUUGUAAGAAAGAAAAAUGCAGAUGCCGUCGUAUCCCUCUAAAGAACAUAGUGCCUAUAACGGAGGAUGAAGACUGGUGAUGGUGGAACUGCCCACUGUGGACCCGAACAUGGACACUAGCCUAUGAAAAGGUGACAACCUGGUCAUACCUGUGCUGAGGGACUGUCCUGCAUUGCUUGCAGGCUGUUUUCCCCUGAGACUGGAGGGGGAGGGGCAGUAGCUCAUCAUGUGGAGACCCUUGCUUGUGGAAAAGGCUACACAGUUUCACAACAGCUGGUAUGUGUGUGUCUGUAUGCCAAGCUCUGUCCCCCAAAAGGGGCCCUCUUCUUCUGUCAGCCAAUAAGAAUGCUGAGGGAGGGGUUUUGUCAGCCUGUAUGAAAGUGAAUAACAAAUGUAAGCAGCUAGAUGCAGUUCCUUUUCUCACUGUGGUAUGUGUCCUCUUCCUUGGCUCUUUUCACUGUUUAUAACCAAGGGUUUGCACAAUUUGACAACUUCUGUUGUCUGUUAGUUCAACACCGUGUAUCCACAAUUUAUCAUGAAUCAUAUGACUAAAACGGAAUUAUCUUGUGUCUGCAUUGAUCCACAUAUUCUGAAAUAGGCUGAUUUUUAGAUGAGAGAUUGGGACACAGGCUCCCGGACUCUGUGGUGAAGCUCUCAAAGUAAACAAGUCCCUGGUGUUGCUGCUCUGCCGUUGACACACAGACCCCUCCCGUCCUUCCAAAACCCCAGCACGACUGCACACAGACCCCACCCUAAGGACGGACUCGGCCUACCCUGAACAUCAUAACACAUGGUACAAUAAAACCAAGGAGGCUUAUUUAUCACACCAUCUGCAUUCUUCAGUGGGCCCUCACUGCUGAGAGCUGUGCAUCAAAUGAGUUGAGAAUUUCUAAGCUUUGUAAGCUUUUUUUCUUGUACAUAUUUGUAUUUAUACUUUUUCCUGUGUGAUUGUUUAUUUUGAUGACCGCAUUGACAUAAUAUAUUGKAUUUAUUUAAGUAACUGGUCUGGGGGUUUUGUAGCAGAGUUCAGGACCCAUUUUAUUUUCAUCGAAGAGGUAAUAUUGUGAAAACAUGUCUGUAAAUAUUUGUUGCGGAUCAUGAAGAGAUUGAUAUUUUAGAUGUAACUGGGCCUACCUUUCGUGUCUACGAUGGGAUUCUAACAAAGUCUAGAUGAAGAUUACUAUGGAUCAGGCAGUUGUAAAACUGGCAGCUUUUCACACUGUUUUCAGCCUGCAGACACUUUGCGAAGUUUAACCAAAAUAUGAAAUUGGCAGUACAAGUGGUACAUGUACGUUUGUAUAACCAAUCAAUAUCCCUGGAUUGAGCAAUGGAAUAGGCUAACGUGAUGGCCUGUCUAAUAUUCUGGCCAGUUAUGUAACUCACUAGCCCUCUGGUUCUUAGAUGUUUUGGAGAUUUUUACCAAACGUGAAAGGACUGCAAUCCCACUUUCACUCGGCAGACUCCUUCACCAACGGUCUGAAUGCUUAAAAUGAAGUGUGGAAAGGAGUAAAUAAAGAUCUGUUAUAGCACAUCUUUAAGUAGCCUAAGUGUUCCAUUUACUUUUUUCAUGUCUUCUCUGCAGUUUGCAAGGAGUUGCACUCUGUAGGGUGUUGACAAACCAAUGUGAACUAAUACUGAUGUAGUUCUCUUGAUAAAGAACAAUGUCACAAAGAUCUAUUUGUUAGAAAGGACUUUUUAAUACUGAGAGGUCGACAAACACUUCACUUGGAAUGGUCUUACUAGAGUUGGAGCAUUACAGAAUGGACGAGGUGGAGUCCAUCUUUGGGGUUUUUACCACCUGUGUGAGUGACCCUUCUGGAGUCAAGUUAUUUUCAAAAACAUUCUACUGAAAACCAGAAUGCUUCGGGAUUAUCACUUUUGUCCCAAGUGCAAUAUGAGUGUUUUGUUGGUGAUCUAUAUUUAGUAGAAAUGUCUAACAUUUGUUUUUAUACUCUAUGCAAUACUAUAGCAAUUCAGUAAGUGAAUAAAAUGCAAAAGAGGAAUGUC